AUGGCGAUGACGCUGCCGCUGCAGGUUCUCGACGAAGGCUCGGUCUCGAUGCUGCUGGCGGUGGUGCUGUUCCCGUUCGUCAAGAUUGUGGUCCUCGGCCCGCUGGUGACCAACGACGGCUGGCUUGCGAGGGCGAUGCUGCUUACCAUAUUGCUGCUCCCGUUCGUGGUGCCCGCGAUGACCUUCAGCCCGCUGGCUGUCGCCGAUCUCGGCGUCGUGCUGGCGAUGCUGCGCUUGGAGCUGCGCGUCUCGGUGGUCCAGCUUCCUUUCUUCGUCUUCGUGAUCCUCGUCUCCUCCGCGGUUGCAGUGCGUCUCGCGCGAGGCUUGCCGACCUUCUUCUUCGCGGCGGCGCAGCUGGUCAUGGCGCUCCUGCGCGUUUCGAGGGCGGGCUCGGCGAGGAUGGCGACCCGCGCUAGCUCGCGUGAGCGCUUGAGGAGAUUCGCAGGGCCUGGCCUGAGCGCGUUCCUUCUGGGCGCUGUGAUGAAUCAUCGCUCUCGGCGCGGCCGCCGUCCGCGCCCGCUUCUCCGAGUCUCCACCGUUGCGACAAGUUUGACCGUGACUGCCUCGACUAUGAUCACAUUCCUGCAGACCUCCUGGCCCGCGAUGGCACGGCGCGCAUGCAGACGACCAAUGGCAUCGAUGACUUCUCGGACUCCGCCGGCCCCGCGCUGA